AUGGCGAGGUUUCAGGGGGCGGUGAGGCUGCCGCCGGGGUUCCGAUUCCACCCCACGGAUGAGGAGCUCGUCGUGGAGUACCUCAAGCGGAAGGUCUUCUCCGCCCCGUUGCCGGCCUCCGUUAUCCCCGAGAUCCAGCUCUCCCGAUUCGAUCCUUGGGAUCUUCCUGGUUAGCGAGCCUCCUUUCUGGUUUCCCUUUCUUCUGUUUCAUGGGUUUGAUCGGGGCGACGAAGGACAGGAGGUAGACGAUGAUCUUCCUGUUCUCGUUCCCCGGAUUAGGGUUUCCUCCCCAAAUUGUGGAAUCGAGCGGUAAUGGCGGUUGCUCUGCGGGGAAUCGGGCGAUGUAUACCGAUCUCUGUGGGAAGAUUGAAAUGGAGGAGUCAGGGCGGUGGGGGAAUGGGGGAUUUAGGGGGUUCAUCAAAUUCGGUGCUGAAAUCGCGUCUGCGCCAGUGGAGAAGCGCAAUGAGGGUUCUCCAUUUCUUCAUUCUGGUCUGAGAUUCCUAGGGCUCUUGUCAUGUGACAGGUGGCCCGGAGAAGGAGAGGUACUUUUUCAGCACCAGGGAGAUCAAGUACCCGAAGGGCAACCGCCCUAAUCGAGCCUCUGGGGCAGGGUACUGGAAGGCCACCGGCAAGGACAAGCAGAUUCUCGCCGGCGGCGGCGGCGGCAGCCAUGUCGUCGGCGCCAAGAAGACCCUUGUCUUCUACCGGGGCAAGGCGCCCUCCGGCGAAAGAACUGACUGGAUCAUGCACGAAUACCGCCUCGUCGGCGCCGGAGAAGAAGCCCAUGUCAGUCUCCCCCCCCUUCUCUCUCUCUCUCUCUCUCUCUCUCUCUCUCUCUCUCUGUUCCAUGUUUCAUCCAUCCAUCGUCUUCAUCGUCUCCGGCAACUGUGGUGGCUGAAAUAGUUCAUCUGAUGGUGCAGAUGAAGGAUUGGGUGCUCUGCCGGGUGUUCAGAAAACGGAGGGCGACGGCGAGGGUGGCUGGCGACGAGGCCGCCGGUCACCGGACGGCGGGUUUGAUCGAUUUCAUGGCGGAGGAGCGGAGGAGCUCCUUUGAUGUCGCGGCGGCGCCGGCGUCGGACUCUGAGCCGAGCUGCGUAACCGAGGUCUCCGGCGCCGCCGCCGCUGACGGAGACGCCGACAGUAGCUGUAGCAGCCCUUCCUCGCCCCCGUGGAGAGAAGACGAGGAAGCCCUAGAGCUUAGUUAG